AAUCCGGCCGCCGAGGCGGUCUCAGCGCUGAGAGUUGUUGGUUGCAGUGUUUGUCGACUGAGAGAGCUGCGGUUGCUGCCGAAAUGCCUGAGCCGGCCAAGUCCGCCCCCGCGCCCAAGAAGGGCUCCAAGAAGGCGGUGACCAAGACGCAGAAGAAGGGCGACAAGAAGCGCAAGAAGAGCCGCAAGGAGAGCUACUCCAUCUACGUGUACAAGGUGCUGAAGCAGGUGCACCCCGACACGGGCAUCUCGUCCAAGGCUAUGGGCAUCAUGAACUCCUUCGUCAACGACAUCUUCGAGCGCAUCGCGGGCGAGGCCUCGCGCCUGGCGCACUACAACAAGCGCUCCACCAUCACGUCGCGGGAGAUCCAGACGGCCGUGCGCCUGCUGCUGCCCGGCGAGCUGGCCAAGCACGCCGUCUCCGAGGGCACCAAGGCUGUCACCAAGUACACCAGCUCCAAGUAGGGCGCCUCGGACCGUCACUUCUAAC